CUCCUCGCCGAAGCGGAAGGCGUGUGCCUCUCGGGCGCUAUGAUCAUCCAACAUGCACACGAACUCGUCGUAAAGCUCGGGAUCCCGCCAGCACAGCGUCCCCGGCUCGGAGCCUCAUGGCUUCGCCGUUUCCAAGAGCGGUAUGGCUUUGAGUGGCGGCGUUCCUUUGGGGAGUCCGACUCGGUGAAGUUGGACACCGCUACGGACGAGAUCGAGAGACUC